AUGGGAACAAACAUUGGAGGAUCUAAUGAGGCAAUAUAUCAGGAAAUGGUUGAAGAUGAAGUUAAGGGCACUCAGAAAGUUCCUGUUGGACAGAAGGCCAAGGCACACAGUUUGGUCCUGAAGAAAGCAAGUGCGGAGAUUCCUGCUCAUAUCAUAGCUGAAGCAAUAUCAACAAUCCGCGGUAUUGGCCUUAGAUGGUCAGGUCCAAUUACACCAAAAGAAAUGGAAUAUGUAGAACAAUAUGUGCUAGCAAAGUAUCCAGAAUAUGCAAAUUUAAUUGAAGGAGAUGGAAGUGGUAUAGACAUGUCAAGUUUUAUCUCCGAUGAGCCUUCGGAAUUACCAAUUUCAGAUGAUAGAAGAAAGUCAUUAAGAUCGCCUUGUUUUGGAAGCAACCUUCCUGACUUGGAUAGGACAAAGUUAGAGCCAUCAAAACUACUUGAUAUUCUGAACAAGAAAUCAUCUUUUCCUGGAAGUUUCAUCUCGAUCCCAGAAGUUCACGCUCGUAAUAAGGUUUUGAAGCAUUUUGGUUUGCCUGAUGAUGAGUAUUUGGUUCUUUUUACUCCAAGUUACAAGGAUGCUAUGAUGUUGGUAGGGGAAAGUUACCCUUUUGUUAAGGGAAACUACUAUAUGACCAUUCUUGGUGAACAGCAAGAGGAUUAUAUCAAAGAAUUUGCUUCUUUUAAGGAAUCUAAGGUACUCAUAGCACCUAAGACAUGGCUUGAUUUGAGGAUUAGAGGUUCUCAGUUAAGUCAAAAUUUUAGGAGGAGAUGUAAGAUUAGUCCAAAAGGGCUAUUUGCUUAUGAAGCAGAUGUGAAUGGGACAAUGCAUUGGGUUUCUGAGGCUCAUAGUUUCAAUUGGCAUGUUUUGCUUGAUGCAUUUGCAUUGGUUGUGGGAAAAGAUAAGCUACAAGUUGGACUUCACAGGCCUGAUUUCUUAGUAUGUUGUCCUGAUAACAUACAUUCUAAUUCUUCAAGAAGAAUCACUUGUCUCUUGGUCAGAAAGAAAAGUUUUGACCUCCAAAGUUCCAUCCUAGGUUAA